AUGCACCCCUCCCUGACCACCAUCGCAGACGCAUUACUGGCAAAUUCACCAUGUUCUAAGGAAAACAGGGAUCACAUUGAUCGGCUUUCUAAUCCGCAGCAAACUUCAAUGCAACAUGCUUUAUUCACCUGUCACCAAAUGAACGUGAAGCUGCCCUUGAAGCAGCUGGACGAAAAGCGACACGAGUUGAGGACGCAUUUCGUGCAACGACGUCCUCAGUGCGCGAAUGAUGUUACUGCAUACAACCUACUGCUCCGCUCACACCCAGUCCAUAGCCUUUUGCCCAGUGAAUUGGCUUCCUCAAUGGACAGUACUGAAGCCGCAAAACGUUGCCAUUUUUGUCUCAAAGAGUUUACUGACGAGAUGGCCGUUCUAAGGCACCAGGUUCAGUCUCACAAAUUGCUGGAAAGUCCAAGCAACAGCAUUCUCCAACCCUUGGACAUCGUUCCUGAGCUCUCUGCCACACGUCACUGUUCAAAACCGGCGUAUAUAUGA